AUGGCGCCCGGUAUAUUGGAGGAGGAUUCUGAGGUGGCGGUCGAGAAGGUGACCUCACUGGCCCAGUUGACCGAGGAAUGGGAUGAUACCAUCCGAUUCUAUCUUAACGGCACCAAGGUUGCCGUCGACACUGUCAACCCGGAAGUGACCCUGCUGGAAUACCUGAGAGGUAUCGGACUGACAGGAACCAAGCUUGGCUGUGCCGAGGGGGGCUGCGGUGCUUGCACGGUGGUGGUUUCGCAUAUCAACCCAACCACGGGGAAAAUAUAUCACGCUUCCGUCAAUGCUUGCAUUGCCCCGCUGGUCAGCAUCGAUGGAAAACACGUCAUAACCAUUGAAGGAAUUGGAAAUGUGAACAACCCCCACGCAGUUCAACAGAGGAUCGCUGUCGCGAAUGGGAGUCAGUGUGGUUUCUGUACUCCAGGGAUUAUCAUGAGCCUAUAUGCCUUGCUGCGAAAUGACCCCACCCCCGAUGAACAUGCAGUCGAAGAAGCAUUCGAUGGGAAUCUUUGUCGCUGUACCGGUUACCGACCUAUUCUUGACGCCGCUCAGAGUUUUAACUCUCGAAAUAACUGUGGCAAAGCAAGUGCAAAUGGAGGCUCUGGCUGCUGCAUGGACAAGAAUGGUGGGGGCGGUGGUUGUUGCAAAGGCGCACCCCCAGUAAAUGAAGACGCGAAGGAUGAGCCGACGUUCCCUGCGCCUGACUUCAAGGCCUAUAACCCGGAUACAGAACUGAUCUUCCCAUCGGCAUUGAGGAAACACGAGUUCCGACCACUCGUAUUUGGCAAUAAGAAAAAGAAGUGGUAUAGGCCAGUGACAGUCGAACAGCUGUUGCAAAUCAAGGGUGUACACCCAGAAGCCAAAUUGAUUGGCGGAAGCACGGAGACCCAGAUUGAGAUCAAAUUCAAGGCUAUGAACUACGCUGCCUCGGUUUAUGUAGGCGAUAUUCCCGAGCUAAAGCAGUUUGCCUUCCACGAUGACCACCUUGAAAUUGGAGCCAACAUAUCGUUGACCGACUUGGAGUCAGUCUGCGACGAGGCGGUUAAGCGUUAUGGGGCUGUUCGAGCACAGCCCUUCAAAGCGAUUAAAAAACAAUUGCAUUAUUUUGCUGGACGACAGAUUCGAAAUGUGGCAUCCCCAGCUGGCAACCUGGCCACCGCAUCGCCCAUCGCCGACUUGAAUCCGUGUCUCGUUGCAACAAAUACAACUCUUGUCGCCAAAUCACUUUUAGGAGAGACCGAAAUCCCCAUGACCGAAUUCUUUUUGGGCUACCGCAAAACAGCUCUCGCUCAGGACGCCAUCAUUUCCAGCCUUCGAAUUCCUGUCGCUGCGGCAAAGGGCGAAUAUUUCCGCGCCUACAAGCAAGCAAAGCGGAAGGAUGAUGAUAUUGCUAUUGUCACAUCUGCGCAGCGUGUAUCACUAUCUGAGAACAACGAUGUGACUAGUUGCAACCUCAUCUUUGGCGGUAUGGCGGCGUUGACUGUAUCUGCGAAGAAUGCCGAGACUGCUUUGAUCGGCAAGAAAUUCACCGAUCCUGCAACGCUGGAAGCUGUGAUGUGUGCCUUGGAAGCUGAUUUUGAUCUACCUUUUGGAGUCCCUGGUGGCAUGGCAACUUACCGAAAAUCACUAGCAAUGGGUUUCUUUUAUCGAUUCUAUCAUGACAUUCUAUCCAGCCUUGAAGUGAAGUCAUCUGACCUUGACCCUGACGUGAUUGCGGAGAUUGAACGAGCCAUUUCCACGGGAGAAAAAGACCACGAGGCAUCUGUGAAGUACCAGCAAAAGAUCCUCGGCAAGGCUACUCCCCAUGUCUCAGCACUAAAACAGGCCACUGGAGAGGCACAAUACACUGAUGAUAUCCCGGUGCAACACAAUGAAUUGUUUGGUUGCAUGGUACUAUCCACCAAGGCUCAUGCCAAGAUCAUCAGUGUGGAUUAUGCUGCGGCAUUGGACAUCCCUGGUGUCGUUGAUUAUGUCGACCAUAGAGAUUUACCCAGUCCUGAAGCUAACUGGUGGGGUGCGCCUGUUUCUGACGAGCAGUUCUUUGCCGUUGACAAAGUGAAUACGGCCGGCCAACCGAUUGGUGUAAUCCUUGCCACCAGCGCCAAGAUCGCGGAGGCAGGCAUGCGCGCCGUCAAGGUAGUAUAUGAGGAUUUGCCUGUCAUCCUUACCAUCGAGGAGGCAAUUGAGGCCGAAUCUUUCUUUGAGCAUUCCCGAUACAUCAAAUGCGGUGAUACCGAAGAGGCCUUCAAACAAGCCGAUCAUGUCUUUGAAGGCGUUUCACGAAUGGGUGGCCAAGAGCACUUUUAUCUUGAGACUCAAGCAUGUCUCUGUGUUUGGAAGCCCGAAGAUGGUGAAAUGGAAGUAUGGAGUGGCACGCAGAACCCAACUGAGACGCAAACCUACAUCGCUCAAGUCACAGGUGUGGCCGCGAACAAGAUAGUCUCUCGCGUGAAGCGUCUUGGAGGUGGAUUUGGUGGCAAAGAAACACGUUCUAUCCAGCUAGCUGGAAUCUGUGCUACUGCUGCCGCAAAGCUGAAGCGACCGGUUCGUUGUAUGCUUAACAGAGAUGAAGACAUCUUGACUUCAGGUCAACGCCACCCUUUCAUGUGUAAAUGGAAGGUGGGUGUUACGAAAGAAGGAAAGCUCUUGGCCCUUGACGCGGAUGUGUAUGCCAAUGGCGGCCACACCCAGGAUCUUUCUGGUGCUGUUGUUGAACGAAGUUUGUCACACAUUGAUGGUGUUUACAAAAUUCCCAACGUCAAUGUGCGUGGUAGGAUCUGUAAGACGAACACCGUCUCAAACACUGCGUUCCGUGGGUUUGGUGGCCCACAGGGCCUCUUCUUCGCUGAAUGUUACAUUUCAGAGAUUGCAGAUCAUCUGAAUAUCCCAGCGGAAGAUCUUCGCGCUCUGAACAUGUACCAGCCUGACGAAACCACACACUUCCACCAACCACUCAAGGACUGGCACAUUCCUUUGAUGUAUAACCAGGUUUUGGAAGAGAGCAAGUACAACGAGCGACGAGAGGCAGUGACAAAAUACAACAAAGAGCACAAAUGGUCCAAACGUGGGAUGGCUAUUGUACCAACAAAGUUCGGUAUCUCCUUCACAGCCUUGUUCCUGAACCAGGCAGGUGCCUUGGUACACAUCUACCACGAUGGCAGCGUUCUUGUGGCACACGGUGGUGUCGAAAUGGGACAAGGACUUCACACGAAGAUGGUCAUGAUCGCUGCCGAGGCUCUUCAAGUUCCCCAGGAAAGCGUCUUCAUCUCCGAGACAGCUACUAACACAGUUCCCAAUACCUCAUCAACUGCCGCGUCGGCCAGCUCUGAUCUCAACGGCUACGCUAUAUUCAAUGCUUGCGAGCAGCUCAAUGAGCGGUUAAAGCCAUAUCGUGAGAAGAUGCCCAAUGCGACAAUGAAGGAGCUUGCACAUACCGCAUAUUUUGACCGUGUUAAUCUUUCCGCGCAAGGAUACUAUCGGACUCCAGACAUCGGCUAUGUUUGGGGUGAAAACUCUGGACAAAUGUUCUUUUACUUCACACAAGGUGUCACCGCUGCUGAGGUCCAAAUUGACACCCUAACCGGUGAUUGGACUCCUCUGCGGGCUGACAUCAAGAUGGACGUCGGCCGUACAAUUAACCCGUCCAUUGAUUACGGUCAAAUCGAGGGCGCUUAUGUCCAGGGCCAGGGUCUCUUCACCACCGAAGAAAGUCUUUGGCAUCGCGCCUCCGGACAGAUAUUCACCCGUGGACCUGGCAAUUACAAGAUUCCUGGAUUCCGGGACAUUCCUCAAAUCUUUAAUGUUAGCCUGCUCAAGGACGUUGAAUGGGAGAAUCUGCGCACGAUCCAGCGUUCGCGUGGUAUUGGCGAGCCACCACUUUUCAUGGGUAGUGCUGUUUUCUUUGCUAUCCGUGACGCCUUGAAGGCAGCACGGGCGCAGUGGGGUGUCAAGGAAGUGUUGAGCUUGCGGAGUCCUGCUACGCCUGAGCGAAUCCGGAUUAGCUGCGCUGAUCCAAUUGUUGAGCGCGCUCGGGUUCAACCCAAGGAAGGCGAGCAGAGCUUCUUUGUUGCUAUCUAG